AUGGCAGAGGAUGGCUCAAGCAUGGCUCAAGCCAGCAUCUUUGAGGCGAUUGUCUCGGGGGAUAUCUCCGGUCUCAAACAAAGUCUGGCAACGAAAGAAGUAGACCUUGAAACUCGAGAUGCUGUUGGCCGGACUGCAUUGCAUCUGGCAGUUACUACAGCGUCGGUAGAGAUUUGCCAGUGUUUAAUCGACAAUGGCGCGCGUCUGGAUGCAUGGACUAAACAGGGUGAAGCGGUGGUGCAUCUCGCUGCUAAGAGAGGCGAAGUGGAUGUUUUACACGCCGUCAUGAAAUCUCUUGGGGCAAAGAAACCAGUUGCUGAGGGCGAUGUCACCGCUGAGGAUAAAACGCAAGAUCGCACCGUACAUGUGGAUUGCCUCACGCAGAAACACCCAAUGUCACCGCUUUAUAUUGCUGUUGCUCUCGCACAUAUAGAAGCUGUGGAAGCCCUGCUUGAUGUCUACCAUGCUGACAUCAACAUCACUGUCGGCAAACGAGACGACUUCAAAGGAACCCGAACUGGCGAUGUUCUUGAAGCAACUCUUCAGCAUCCUCGCGACACCUGCCGUUCCCUUUUAAGAAUUCUACUUCAGCAUGGUGCCAGCUUGCUUAACCCAUCAACCGGUGUCGUAUCAAAAGAGUUGCUUCUUCUAGUCUUGCAGAGAGGCGAGGAUGUACUCGAUAUCUUUGCGGAGCUCGACUCAGAAGGCUUCGACCAUGCGAUCAAGAAAUUUGUAUGGGGAGAGUCGAUGAGAUACAAAAACGCCCUGACUAGUGCAAUCGAGCUUGGCCUUGAGGAUACGGCAUUCAAGCUUCUCGCAUAUGGGGCACCUGCAAAAUUAGAACUCAAUUCUUCUUCUGUGGAUGCUCACAAACAGGAGCCAUUUUUUCAUUAUGGAAAGACCGCUUUGGAAGCCGCCGAAGAGGAUUUCUGGCAGCCAAUCCUGUGUGCCGCUCAUUUUGAAAUGCCACGGCUGGUGCUGGAAUUGUUGAAUCGCGGAGUAGAUGCCAAGUCUCGUUUCACUGAUCACCAGGCUCGCAGCCUGAUUUCGCCAAGGGAAUGCCGCAGUGUUUUGGAUCUAGUGAGUGCCAAACUCGUAGAGCUGCGUGGCUGGCAUAUGGAAGAUGAGCGUCUCCCUCAAGAGCUCGUGGGGACGCCAGAGGGGACCAUUCAACGGGAUGGAAAGAAAAAUGCAGUCACCCAGAUGAUCAAGCUAUAUGAAGAAGCAGAGGCUAGAUUAGUCUCUUCGGGAGCCAAGAUAACUGACGGGCUGAACCUUCAAGGCGAUGAUUCGCCUCGACCCCAUAAAAGAGUCCAACUGUUUGCUCCUAAUCCAGAAACACAGGCGGAAGUCGCACUGCCUUCACAUACAUCUACCAAAGACGUCGACCUCCAGAAGCUGGAAACGGCGGAAGACGGCCAGAGAGCACUACUGGCAGCUUGCAGAAGCAAUGAUGUUGCGCUGGUAAAAGCACUUACAUUGGGCAAAUGGGGUCUAGACUUACAAUUCUCCCCUAUUUCGAUAUCGGAGGUAUCUGGCUCCUCGAAAGGCCCUUACUACACCGCUGUGAAGUCGCGAAAUUAUGAUCUUGCUCGCACUAUUGUUCAAAUUGCGACAGCUCAGCAUGCUGAUUUCACAGAUAAUGAAGCAAACGAUCUGUCUAGCGUUUUAGCCGACGAUCAGCACUCCGUCGAAAAUAUCAAGGGAGUUUCAGCUCAAGUCAAGUCAACGAAAUCAGCAAGAGAUAUUGUCCGAGACAGUGGAGCGAUCUCUAUUGCAGAAAAGCAAAAAGACGAUGAAAUGAUCCAGUUUACGGUUGAAAUGCAUUAUUCGUUUGGGCUUGACGAAAACGAUGUCAAACAAAGUCCCGGCCAAGUCUAUUCUUUGAUGGAAUGGGGAGAUUGGCCUGAGAGUGUCGUGGAGCGAGUUAAAGCAACCGGUGCACCGUUUCAGCAUGCCAUGGUUCAAGGGAAAUUGAAAGGAAGAAAGCAGCUCGACAAGAUUCGCCAAUUGUCUCCUCUUCUUCGAGCUGCCUGGUCUGGCAACGUAAACAUGGUGCGGUUUUUCCUUGAUAAAUCCAAAAUAAUGGCCGCAUACAAGCACUUUGCUGCACGCAACGACUUUUCAACCAACAAAAUCGCCUCUGAACAAGCUCGAGCAGACUUCAUGAACGCCGUCAAGGAAUGGUUUGACAAAGAAGAAAAUCUUGUCUUGCACUGUGCUAUCUUGUCUGGGAAAACAGAGCUGGUCAAACUUGUGCUAGCAGCUCGUCCAGACCUUUUAGAAGUUAGAUCCAUCGACGGGUGGACGCCCUUGCUAACAGCGGCAUUGUGCCAUCAGGUCGAGAGUAUACGCGUUCUUCUUGAAGCAAGGGCUGACCCUUUCGUCACGGAUACAUUUGGGCGUAACAUGCUUCACCUUUUUCUCGUUUCUCCUACCGAGAGUCACGUUCAUGAACCUGAAAAGUUCUCUACUUUCCUCCGUGUGGUGGAAAAGCCAGUACUUGACAAGCUUCUAGAGGGGCGCUGUGCUGAUAGUCCCGGUGGACUGACACCUCUUGCACGUUGGGUAUCUUCCGGUGUCAAGUGGGCGCCAUUCGCAGUAUCCAUUGCUCUGUUAGAGGCUUCUACUAUUAAGGCAAUGGAGAUGUACGACGGCAGAGGCUUUACACCCCUUCACACUGUGGCAAUUACAUCGCUGGACUAUUACACUCGCCAAUUUAUCGAGAAAGCACCUCAUGUUCUGUUCUAUGAGGAUAUAGACGGGAAAACCCCUUACGAUAUCAUCAUCGAAAGACAGCUACAUGGAUAUCUGGAAUAUCUCAUGCCAAGCUAUACGCAAACGAGACGCUAUCCAUCGAAUAAUCUGCUUCACUGGCCUUUAUUUGCCUUUGGUACGGAUUACAAGGGCCCUUUACAGGAGAAACAACCAUAUAAAGUAUGGGAAAUUUGCCAGGAUGUUGUUAAAUCGAUGAAGCCUGGGUUACAUCACAGGAAACUGCUCACUGAUGCUGAGCGAGCCGAAAUCUCGCAGCUAUCCAAAGACAAGAAAAUACCGAAGAAGCCGAAAGCGGGUCAGCGCGAUGUGAUAUCUCUGGCUGUAUUCAAGCCUGGAUACUUGUGCUGGUAG